AAGCCUUAGGCUUCAGCUGCUGACCCACAUUCAUGUAAUGCACCCUCUGCAGUCACCUGUGCCACACCUACCUCAGUAACCUACAGGAAGCUCUGUACACCUAUGGCUACAGGUAAGUGCUCAUCAGUCCUCACCCUGAGCAGCUGGUGAAACAAGUGAUUCAGUCGUUAUGUGAACAGAAUGCGGAAAACCUGAAACUGACCGUUAAUCUGAGGCUCACCAUAAGGAAUACAAAUACAUCUGGUCACAACCACCAUUUAAUUUUAAGGAGAUUCUAAUGAACAAAUGAAGGAACAAUGUCUUUUUCUUAACUCUUGAAGAAUUAUGAAGGAUGAGGAUUGCUUAAGUGGGGGCAACUACAUGACUUUGUGGGGGAUGGAGGAAUUUCCACUAGCGGACAAUGACAAAGUGUCUACAGAACUGUACGAAGACUGGAACCCAAAGCAAGCGCUUCCAGAGCUCAGCAGUACAUGGGGGGAUUUUGAGAGUUUUAAUGGGUUCACUCCAGACUAUGAAGAAUUUCCCUACCCAGAUGAAGAACUAUCAGAUACUAUUAAAUAUAGCUCCUUCCAUACUCAAAAUGUACUUAAAAGCUAUAAGGAAGCCGAGAACUGCCGACAAAAUGACCCUUACUCCAAAUUGAAGAUGACUUGUCCGGCAGCCGUGGGUGCAGAUGUAUGUGAACAUGUAUUAAGGACCUGUUUUCCGGCAGUUCCUGUGGAGCCCAGCAGUGACGAUGUGAGAAGCCUUCACAAUUGCCUCAAACUGACCAAUGAAGAAAACUUUGUAAAUGAAUUAAUGAAGAUGAAUUUUUGGCCUGACUGUGCCAGCACAGAGACAAGGGAUGCUCCUCCCCCGCGCUACCACUGGAAGGACUCACUCAGCUGCAGGAACCUCAUGCUGCUCUUUGGAAUUGAUGCUUCUCACAAAUGCCCAGAAGAGUCUGAUGUAAUAAGUGAUGGGACUGAACAGAACUCAGCAAGUGUGCCCUGGCGCUCAGAUGCUAAUCCCACCUUAAUCCAGACUAAGCUACAGAUAUCGCCGAAUUCCAAGCAGGGUCAUAUAUUUUCCUAUGAGCUUUUCUUGAAGAAGACGACUCCAGCGGUGACGUUGCCUUUUCUCGCAUUCGCUGGAAAGAAAAGUUUUUUUUCAGCACAAACCAUUUAGAUUUUUAAUUUUAGAUACACAUCUGGUAAUUGUCAGUUAGUGAAUUAUUAUUGUGUUUUGUUAUUUAAACCAUGACUGUAUUAUAAGGAUUUUAGCAAUUGUGUAUAAUGUAUUUAAGUUAUUGCACUGUGUAUCUACGCACUUCCUGCUGUGUGUCUAGGCACUUCCUGCUGUGUAUCUAGGCACUUCCUGCUGUGUGUCUAGGCACUUCCUGCUGUGUGUCUAGGCACUUCCUGCUGUGUGUCUAGGCACUUCCUGCUGUGUAUCUAGGCACUUUGUCUAGGCACUUCCUGCUGUGUGUCUAGGCACUUCCUGCUGUGUGUCUAGGCACUUCCUGCUGUGUGUCUAGGCACUUCCUGCUGUGUAUGUAGGCACUUCCUGCUGUGUAUCUAGGCACUUCCUGCUGUGUGUCUAGGCACUUCCUGCUGUGUGUCUAGGCACUUCCUGCUGUGUGUCUAGGCACUUCCUGCUGUGUAUCUAGGCACUUUGUCUAGGCACUUCCUGCUGUGUGUCUAGGCACUUCCUGCUGUGUGUCUAGGCACUUCCUGCUGUGUGUCUAGGCACUUCCUGCUGUGUAUGUAGGCACUUCCUGCUGUGUGUCUAGGCACUUCCUGCUGUGUGUCUAGGCACUGCCUGCUGUGUGUCUAGGCACUUCCUGCUGUGUGUCUAGGCACUUCCUGCUGUGUGUCUAGGCACUUCCUGCUGUGUGUCUAGGCACUUCCUGCUGUGUGUCUAGGCACUUCCUGCUGUGUAUCUAGGCACUUUGUCUAGUCACUUCCUGCUGUGUGUCUAGGCACUUCCUGCUGUGUGUCUAGGCACUUCCUGCUGUGUAUGUAGGCACUUCCUGCUGUGUAUGUAGGCACUUCCUGCUGUGUGUCUAGGCACUUCCUGCUGUGUGUCUAGGUACUUCCUGCUGUGUGUCUAGGCACUUCCUGCUGUGUAUGUAGGCACUUCCUGCUGUGUGUCUAGGCACUUCCUGCUGUGUGUCUAGGCACUUCCUGCUGUGUGUCUAGGCACUUUGUCUAGGCACUUCCUGCUGUGUAUGUAGGCACUUCCUGCUGUGUGUCUAGGCACUUCCUGCUGUGUGUCUAGGCACUUCCUGCUGUGUGUCUAGGCACUUCCUGCUGUGUAUGUAGGCACUUCCUGCUGUGUGUCUAGGCACUUCCUGCUGUGUGUCUAGGCACUUCCUGCGGUGUUCAGCAGCUAUCCCUGUAAUACGAGGAGGAUUUAAUGCAUAAUAUGUAAAUCCGCUGCCAGUGCAGGAAUAUGAGGACAUCUAUUGGCUCUUGCAGUGAGGCAGCAAUAAGAGGAGCCUUCUGGGUCUGUUUGUCAGCCAGAAGUUCCGUGAAGAAGCAAAACUAUUGUAUGUAUAGUUGUUUUAAGGUUUUCAGCAUUUCCUUUAGAGCCACAGCUUUUUCUAUGACAGAUGGAAUAAUCAGAUCCGUUUCCUACACUGUGACAAAUUCUGGGUAUUAAAGAGACAGAAGAGUGAAACAAUCUGACACAACAGAGCAUUUUUUAAUUUCAUAUGUAAAUAUGUACAGUGGUUAAACACAUUAACGUCAGAAGCUGCAGGCGCACGUAGCCAUCAGUCGCCAGCCCUGCCCUGAUCAAUACCAGAUUUUUUAUUUGGCUCAGAUCGUGAGCCAUAAACCAGAUCCCCCCCCCCAUAAUGAUGUUGUACCAGAUGACUUUAGAUGGUAAAAACUAAUGUUGUCACAUAAGUACCAAUGCUUGUAGCAUCCGUCCAAGCGACUUCCAGACAUACAGAAAACACAAGGCCAGAUUACAAGUGGCUCCUGCUCGAGCUUUAAUUACGCUAGAAGUAAGAUUUUUGAGCGCAUCUGGAUGCGCUCGUAUUAUGAGUUGAAAGUAAACAGUUUUCACUCGCGUCCUAACCCGACAAGCUCAAAAAGUCGAGGUUUACUUAUUCCCCCAUAGAAAUCAAUGGAGAAAAAACCCAACACCCCACUAUCGUGCAAACUUUAUCGCAUAUUCUCAUGUGCGCUAACCUGACAUGAAUAUUUCACAUUCCAGUGUCCUUCACAUAGAAGAAUAUGUUCUAUUUAUUCAUAAAUAUAUAUAUAUAUAUAUAUAUAUAUACACACACACACGCGAUUAUAUAUAGGUAUAGAUAUAUACAGAUCCAUAUAGGAAUAUCUAUUUAAAAGAAUAUACAUAUUCUGCUAUAUAUAGAGCAUUUUAAUGUGAAAUAUUUACAUAUUGCUAUACAAGGCACGGCAGGUAUAUACAUUAGAUAUCGAUAUACAAGGAAAGGUGUUGGGUAUAUACAUUAUGUAUCGAUAUACGAGGCACAGUGGCGUGUUUUUACAUUAUGUAUUAAUAUACAAGGCAUGGCGAUGGGUAUUUAAACUGCAUAUCGAUACACAAGCCAUGGCAGGUAUAUACAUUACAUAUUAUUAUACAAGGCACGACGGCUGGUAUAUACAUUACAUAUUGAUAUACAAGGCACGACUGCGCGUAUAUACAUUGCAUAUUGAUAUACAAGGCACGACCUCUGGAAUAUACAUUACAUAUUGAUUAUACAAGGCAUGACUGCGCGUAUAUACAUUACAUAUUGAUAUACAAGGCACAACGGCUGGUAUAUACAUUUCAUACUGAUAUACACGGCACGACGGCUGGUAUAUACACAUUACAUAUUGAUAUACAAGGCACGAAGGAUGGUACAUACACAUUACAUAUUGAUAUACAAGGCACGACGGCAGCUAUAUAUAUUACAAUUUGGUAUACAAGGCACAUCAGGUAUAAACAUUACAUAUGAUUAUACAAACUUAGAAUUUUUGGGUUUAAUUCCCUUUGACAAAGCCUGGGAUUCUACAAUGUGACUCAAACUGCAGCACAAACGUCUGGUUAUUUAGCAUCAUAAAGGUUUUACAGCCAAACUGGCGGGUUUCAGAAAACAAACCUCACUGAAACCGCAUGACCUUACUACUGUACGGGGAAAGGAGAUUACAAAUAUGCAGAAUUGGCGUUAUAAAUGGUAGCAGAGAAAGAAGCUCAGAACUUGUAUUCCCUGUUGUCAGUAAACCUAUUACUAACCUCAGAAACUAUAGUUUUCUAAAUCUGUUCAGACUUUAUAUAAUUCCUGUUUAAUAAAUCUACUGUAUUUAA